AGUAUUAAAAGUGUUAUGAAUUAAUCAAAUCAUAUGUUUGUUUGAAUUAUUUGACAACACAUGCGGUGUUUGGGAUAACAAUAACAACAACAACAACACGACAAUUGAUGGCCAGUAGUAAACAGCGAAAGACAAGGACAGCAGCAGCGGCGGUACCGACAAUAGUGGACAACAAUAGUAACAGCGAUCACCAUAUAAUUGAUGCCCAAAUCAAUGAACAGUUCAAUACAUUACAGCUGAUCAUCGAUGAUGACGAUAAUGAUGGACACAAUGUCAUCAUCAACAACAACAAUAACACUACAGCCGUCAGCGGUGGACACAAUCGGCCGCAACAACGACAACAACAUCAGCAGCAAACAAAUGUAGCAAUCAAUAGCAUAUCAUCGGGUGUGGUAUCGAUGGUCAACAACAAUACCACUGCCGGCGCCGUCAUCGACACUGAACUUCCCAAUCAAAUCAGUUACGGCUUUCUCGACGAAUCCCUUGACAAUACUGACUCGUCUUCGGUAAACUAUACCGAACUGGACAGCAGUAAUGAAAAAUUGUUUUCAAUUAUAUUUUUGAAUGAUUUGACAACACAUGCGGUGUUCGGGACAAGAAUAACAACAACACGACAAUUGAUGGCCAGUAGUAAUCACCGGAAGACAAGGACAGCAGCAGCGGCGGUACCGACAAUAGUGGACAACAAUAGUAACAGCGAUCACCAUAUAAUUGAUGCCCAAAUCAAUGAACAGUUCAAUACAUUACAGCUAAUUAUUAGAGUACAGUAUUAUUAA